GUGAGGCUUUGAAAGUCAGCCUCACAGGCAUUGCAGCAGAGCCCCGAACCAGGGAGAAAGAAAGCAGUGGCACAGACGCAGAGGCACUCCGGAGAGGACGAGGACAGCGCGCUGUGUGUGUGUAUAUGCGUGAAUGUGUGCAUGUUGAUGUUCGAGGCGGUGGCUUUACGAGUUGCUUCACAGACAGACAGAUCGGAGCUUCGCCUUUUCCUCGUUCCCCUCCCCCCCCCGCCCAUUCCCGUCAAGCCGUCCUGCUCGCUGGAAGCUCUCCGCACGAGAACUAAUUGCCGGACUUCUCGCCCGCUUAUCAGGGGUGGCCUGGGGAGGCGCGUGCGCUUGGAGCCUCCCUCUAGGGACCAACGGACAGACGGAGGGACUCAUCGAGAGAGCCGCCGACGGAACUGCCGCUUCUAGGGAACGAGCGGCGGCUAGCGCUGAAACCGCCGCCGGGGACCUCUGGGGCUGCUGAGAUAAAGUAUGGAAUUGUUUCGGAUCACUUACGAUGCAUUUUGGACUCAUGAAAGGAAGACCUUCAAGUUGGAACUAGUGCCAAGGAGUCAAGCAUGCUUGAUAUGAUAAUAAAUGAUUGAAAAAGCCCGUGUCGCCUAGAAAUGUGGAAGAACAUGGAUAUUUUCCCUCUAGAGUCAAGUUUUGAAUAAUCCAUGUGGAUCAUUUUCAUAAAUGAGCAUAUGUAUACCAAUAGAGAUGGAUACAAUUGGAACUUUGAUUCAUCGACAGAUGUUUGGAAGAAUCCUGCUUGGAAUAACACACUUGUUUUUCACAUCAAUUUUUAUAGAAGGCUGUAGACUUAAAUAUUAACUUUAAAUUUUGUUCAUUUAUAACAAACUAGUCAUUAAAGUGAAUAAAAAGUGAGCCUUUGUGGAUACAUGCAUUGAACAUGACUCAUGGAGAAGAGCUUGUCUCUGAGAUGCACCAGGAUUCCAUUGUUCUAACUUACCUAGAGGGAUUACUAAUGCAUCAGGCAGCAGGAGGUUCGAAUUCUGUGGUUGAUAUAAAGCCUGUUGGGCCAGGUUCAGAGGAUCAAAACGUCAAGGUUUCUGGAAACACAUCUCCCAGUUGUCAGAGAGAUGGUCCAGUUCCUAACACACAUACAUAUCGAGGUUCUGGAAUGCUGCAUCACAAAAAGGCAAGGCUGUUGCAGUCUUCUGAAGACUGGAAUGCAGCAAAAAGAAGACGGUUGUCUGAUUCAAUUGUGGAUUUAAAUGGAAAAAAAGAAGCCUUGUUAGCUGGCAUGGUUGAAAAUGAGCCUAAAGGGAAACAGGAUAGCACAUUACUGGCCUCUUUGCUUCAGUCAUUUAGCUCUAGGCUGCAGAGUGUUGCUUUGUCACAACAGAUUAGGCAGAGCCUCAAGGAACAAGGAUAUUCCCUCAGCCAUGAUUCUCUACAAGUAGAGAAAGAUUUAAGGUGCUAUGGUGCUGCAUCCACUCAUUUGAAAACUCUAUUGAAGAAGAGCAAAGGAAAAGAUGAAAAACUGGAGACUAGUCUACCAGAAUUAACAACAAAUUCGGCAAAGGAUCGGUUUAUAGAAUCUUCACAUACAGGACAGAGUGGUACCAAGGUGAUAAAUGAGCCAUUGUCUUGUGCUGCAAGAUUACAAGCUGUUGCAAGCAUGGUGGAAAAAAGAUCUAGUCCUGCUACAUCUCCCAAACCUAGUGUAGCUUGUAGUCAGCUAGCUUUGCUCCUUUCUAGUGAAGCUCAUUUGCAGCAGUAUUCCAGGGAACAUGCUCUAAAAGCACAAAAUGCAAAUCAAAUUGCUAGUGAGAGGCUUGCUGCAAUGGCAAGACUAAAAGAAAGUGCUCCAAAAGAUUCUGGCCAUUUUAAACCUACAAAAGGGAUGGAAAGCCAUCUGAAUGGUCAGACAAAAUCUUCAACCAAAUCAAUAUCCUGCAAAAGCAAUAGAACUCCUUUUCAGGGUUCCAUAGGCAUAAUUCAUUCAUCUCCUAAAAGCAUAGGUUACAAAGCCACACUGGAAAAAAAUCAUUUGAAACCACCAUCAAAUAGUAGCUUACUUUUGCACCUUCUUAAGAAUCACAGUGCUACUAAACAGAGUAAGAAGUAUGAGCAAAAUGAGAGAUCAGGUAUUUUUGAGGAGAGUAGUACACCAACCACUGUUGACGAGUACUCAGAUAACAAUCCUAGUUUCACAGAAGAUGACAGUAGUGAUGAUGAAAGUUCUCAUUCCAAUUGUCUUCCUAUAGAUUUAUCUUUUAAACAGAAAACAAAUAAACCAGAUUCUGGACAGUCAGCUUCUCUGGAAAAUUUAACCCAAUCUUUGCUUCAUAACUGGGAUUCAAAAGUUCCUUGUAUAGAGAAUACAGAUGAGAAAGACUCCACUAAAAGUACUACAUUGAAUCCACAUCAAAAAGUAACUUUGCUUCAGUUAUUGCUGGGCCAUAAAAGUGAAGACAAUGCAGAGAAAAGUGCAGAAAAUGAGGGCAUAGUAGUUACACCUGAUGUAUCAAAAUUUAAUUUACCAUUGGGUAACAAAACUUCUGGGACUGAUUGCUAUAGUGUAAAUCGAAUUACUCCAGUAAACACUCCCCCUUUGCUAACUUCUUCAAAAGCAGAUUCUCCCAUCAAUCUUUCACAUCAUUCUCCUUUAUUGGUCAAACAUAGCUCACCAUCCUACAUUUGCACCAUACAACCAGAGAAACUAAUUAAUCCAGCUUCUAAACACUUGAUGGAUCUUACAGUACAUAAAGAACUUCGAGGAACUAAACAAAACAGAAAUGAAACUGAGCAAACAUCUUCCUCUUUUAGUGCAAGCAAACUACUGCAGAAUUUAGCUCAGUGUGGGAUGCAGUCUUCCAUGUCAAUGGAGGAAAAAAGGCAAACAGGAAAGCAGAUUAUUACUUUAAACGCAGAUAAACCACUAGGAUUGAUAGAUGGGUUGAAUAGCUCCCUGCUUACUAACAAAUCAGGUACACUUGAAGAAAACAAAAUACUUAAUAAACAGCCUCUGCCUACUGAGCAACGAUUUCCUAGUACAGAAAUCCAGAAUUUGCUUGAAAGACGCACUGUCCUCCAGCUGCUUCUAGGAACCUCCAACAAAGGUAUGAAUGAAAUAAAAGAGAGGAUGAUUUCAAAAGAAGACAGUUUACCAGACCAGGCAGGAAGGGCUUCAAAUGAACAAAUAUUGACUGUGAAAAUAAAAACUGAGCCUUCUGAGGAAGCCAAUGUCCUUCAGAAUCCAAAUGCCCAGCAAAUAAGGGAAAGUGAUAGUAAGAAAUUUAAAGGAAUCAUUAAUUCAUUAGAGAGAAACACAGCUACUUCUCCAGGAACCGAGGAAUUUAAGCCAGACUCUCUCUCACCUCAAGAUUUUUCUUUUGCAAAGAAUGGUCUACUAAGUCGAUUACUGAGACAGAAUCAAGAUGGGUGUUCUGCAGAUGAUCUAAACAGAAGCCCUAGAAACAGUGAACAGACAUUUGUGGAAUCAAAGACUCACAGCACAGUACCUAAGAAGAGGAAACUUCAUUCUGAACCUUCAGAAGAUCCUUUAAAAAUACUAAAAGGUAACAAAGGUAACAUGUCAUCUGAUUCUGCAAACAAUCACAAGUCUUCUCCAGAAUCCACGUAUGGGUCUGGGCUUAACCAGAAAGAACUGAAAUUCAGCAGAACUGAUGUUGAGUCAAAGUAUUCUUCAGGUCAUGGCUCAAACAAUGAAACUGAAAAUAGGAGUUGGCCUAGAGAAAAUAAAGGAUUUAAUGUGUUGAAACAACUGCUUCUUUCAGAAAAUUGUGAAAAAGAGUUGUCUCAGCAUAGGAAUAGUUCAUCAGUCACUGAUGGAAAAAAGAAAGGAGGCAAAAAUAAUUUAACAAAUAAUACCUCUUCACUGCAUUCCCUGAUGGGAAAUCCUGGCCUACAAACCAAUUGCUUGGAUCACCGAACAUUUCAGUAUUCAGUCACAAUGCAGAGUCCUGCCAGUUCUCCCUUCAUUGAACGUUUGGGAGGUACAGUGUCAUCAAAACAUGAUUGUGACCAGUUUAGUGUAUGUCACGUACCUAGUGAAAAGGGGCCUAUCAAAUGGGUCAUCACAGAUACGGACAAAAAUGAACAUGAAAGAGACUCCCCAAGAUUGACAAAAACUAAUCCAAUACUGUAUUACAUGUUACAAAAAGGAGGCAGUUCUAAUAUCCAGGAAGCACACAGCAAAAAUAUUUGGUGUGAGCCAUCUUUUACAGAAAAUUCAACAGCUGUCACAUUCAAGAAAGAAUUAUCACCCAUAACAGAAUGUAAAAUACCUUUUCAUAAUGUGAGAAACCCGUAUAAUAGCCAUCUAGGUAAUAAGGUGUCCCUUCAGCAUAAUGUGAAUGGAGAAGUAUAUGGACUCUUAGAAAAAGUGUUAACAAUUAAGAAAGAACCAGAGUAAAUUAUAUAAAGUGUUUACAGUCAGGUUUAAAUCUUUGCUUUAAAAAAAUUAAGUGUUGUAAAAAUCUAGCAUGAUUCGAGAAACGCAUGGUAUAACUGAAACAUGGUUUUGUUUGAUAAAUGUUUCUGAUAUUUAAAAUACAUGUAGUUAAUUUGCUCUUGCUUUACAGGAAAUGUUUGCAAAAGAUUUACUUGAUUUGUUGGUUGUAUAAACCUCCAUGAAAAGCAACUAGAGACUUGGUUUCCUUUUGCAUAUACUUGCCUACUUCCAUAGCCCUUUUACGCUGGUAUGACUAUGUGAAAACGUUUUGAACCAUGUGGUUUAGCUUCUUGUUUCCACACCAUGGAAGUGGUGUAAUGGUUAGAGAAUCAGGCUGGAACCUGGGAUAUCCAGAUUCAUAUUCUCACUUUCUUAUGGAAUGUUGCUGGGUGACUUUGGACCAGUCACAUACACUCAGCCUAAUCUACCUCUCAGGGUUGUUGUGAGGAUAAAACUGAGGAGAGAAUAUUGUAAGUCACUUUUGGUCCCCAUGUGGGAGAAAAGCAGGGUAUAAAUGAAGUAAGUAAAUGAGAGACCAUGUGCCUCUCAAGCAAUUGAAGCAUCAUUUGCAUGGUUUGUAAACAUGGCAGGAAGCUGAAAUGUACAUGGAAAUCUUUAUACAUAGCUAAACCAGUGUAUAAGCAACCACAGAUGCAGCAGCAACUACACUGGAAAAUGUAUGUAAGGAGGCCAUUGGUAUUAUACAUGCAAUGCCCUGUAAUGUGCAGCCUACACUGGUGUCAGAGUAUUUUGCACCAUUUCAUCCUGCUCUAUAUUUCCCCUUUUGACAUUUUCAGCACUGGAAUAGUAUCAUUUUGUGUGUUUUAAUAUAUUUAUGAAAUGUUAAGAUUUUUAAAAAAAUAAAUGGAACACUUAGACCAAGGCAUUCACAUGUUCAGAUGUUUGUAAUCCUAAUCAGUGUUAGCUAGAGAAAUGCACAAAAUGAAUCUUUUAGUGCUUCCAAACUGUUUUAACUUUUUAAAUAUAUAUCUGGGAGAACCACAAAAAAUACAGUACAUAUUUUCAGAAAAAUGCCUUCCUAGACACUCAGCUGGUAAUUGUAUACAAUUUGGAUUAUGGCUUUUACAUUUUUUAUAAAACAGCAUUUUCACUAUGCUGGAAGUUAACAGUCUUUUAUUUAUUUUCACAUUUUUUCCUUCACUUAAUGCUAAGCUGUGGAGUCUUGUGAGCAAAACUUCUACUUCAUGAGCUACUGGCAUUAAAGUUGUGAGCUACUGCAUAAAUUAGUUUGCUCCGGGGCUAUUUUUCCUGAGCUAAUACAAAAACAUAUGAGCCAGAGGCUAAAAAUGGUGAGCAAGCUCACACUAACUCAUCUUAGAUGGAACACUGAUAGUAAGCACCUGGAAAAUGGUGAAGGCAGUUGGCAUGUUACCAAGUUGAUGUUGAUUUUUGUUUAUUGAAAGAAAAUAUAAUGUAUAAUA